AUGGAAUCCAAUACUCAAGGAGGAGGCUGUAUUCCUCUCUCCGGCAGCUUCCCUCGCCUUUCCUGGCAGGCCCUUGCGGCGUCGAAAGGCAAGUCCAAACUGCCUAUCUCCGCCGCCGGCGAGCCCGCCCGACAGUCGUCAGCUCCUCAACUUCCCAAAUCAUUCAUGAGUACUUCAGUUAAUUAUGACCACGACAAGAUAAGUCAGUUGCCGGACGAUAUUCUGAUAUCCAUAAUCUCACGGCUGACGGUGACCGAAGCCGUCUCAACCAGCAUCCUAUCCAAACGAUGGCGCCACCUCCACAACUACACCACCCGCCUCGAUUUUUCUCUCACCUCCGAAACGUAUUGCCAUGUAGUAUCGAAAAGGAAAUUCUUGAAAAAGUACGCUACCGUAAUCAGUCGCACCUUGGGUUCACACAAUGGAGGUGAAUUCUUACAAGAAUUUCGACUUAGUUUACCUUUUUACGGGCUGUUCCUAACAACGGUGGAAGACACGUGGCCAGUCGAGAGGUGGCUAAUGCGGAGCUGGAUCGACUUUGCAUUAGCCAGACAAGCACCAAUAAUCCACAUGCACGUGAUUUGCAUCGAUGCAUGGAUUCGCUUUCCGUAUAUAAUUCCACGCAGAAACGAAUUCCUGAAAGACCUAUCUCUAAAGGCCGUCGAUUUGGAUAAACGGGUUUUUAUGCUAAUACUCGAAAAUUAUGUCGCUCUCGAGCGUUUCUCGGUUGAAAAUAGCAGCGCCUUAGGUUCUUUACGUAUAAUCGGUGUCGAUUUAGCGCCAAAGUUGAAGCAAUUGGCCAUACGUCGGUGUUCUAGGAUCAAAUUCAUCAAGAUUAUAGACAUGCCGAACAUCGAAUCUUUCGAGUGUUAUGAGAUGCUAUCCGAAUUUAAGCUUGUUCUGAGAAAUGUACCAAGUCUUUGUGAGUUGGGCAUUUGUAAGAAAAUCGGGUUUCGGAUCCUUUCACGGGGAAUUAUUAGUGACCAAUUGAUCAAGCUUAAGCUCUCGCUCGUCGGGAUAUAUACAUACGGGCGCGAUUAUAUGGACGGCAUGUUACGGUUCCCUAAACUGGUAAAGCUUCAACAUAUGGAGUGUGAAUAUAAGUUGAACAUGUAUAGUUUUUACGGACUUCAUAAACUCAUUCAUUUCAUCGAGGCUUGUCCUUGCUUACAGAAACUUGAGAUUAAGUUUAUAUGGUCGACUGGAUUCUUGUGUCAAAGGAGUGAUGAGAAAUAUAUUGAGAACCCGAUCAAGAGGAGAUGGAGUCGUGAUUUGAAAAGGGUGAAACUCUCGGGGCUGAUAGGGUGCAAGGGUGAAAUGGAAUUCGUGUCGUACAUUGUUGGAAAUGGAAAAGAUACUACGGCACUUGAAGAGCUUGUCAUGGAAACUAGCCCCGACCAAAAUGCCAGAAGCCGGCGUAGGGCGAGAGCUCGCUUGCGACACUGGUUUCGACCUAAACUGCGAGAUUCUGUUCAUUUUGUUGUUGUCUAG